AUGGUGACGCAACAGAAGCACUCACAAUCGCAGAGGGUGACACUUAAGAGGGCCAAAACGAGUAUUCUCACCGACCAGGUUCCUUUGGCCCCACUCAUGGACGAGGAAGUAUUUGGCACAGGAGUCCAUAUCAAAGAAGAACUCAACGAAGGUGUCACCAAAGAAAAUGAGGUGGAAAUUAAGGAAGAACUGUAUGAUCAUGCAGAUGAAGUGAGUGAAGUGAAAGUGGAGAAUGAAAUUCUUUCCUUCAGUGAUCUUCAAGAUCUUGAAAAUGAAGCAAAUGAAAAAGACUCGUGUGAUAUUAUUGAGGAUUGCAAUACCUUUUCGAGAGUGCCAAUUGUGGCUGAGGAAAAUGAGAAAAAAUGUUCAUCAGAAGAGGAUCAGGCAAAAUGUAUACAGAAUCAUAUGAGGGUACACAAAAAGAGAAGCCAUACAGCUGUGAAAUUUGCAACAGAGCUUUCUCACAGAAUUUGCUCUACUAAGGCAUAUGAGAGUAUACAAAGGAGAAACCAUUACAGCUGUGAAAUCUGCAGCAAAGCCUUCCCUCUGAAUCACGUGAGACUACAUUUCAAAGGAGAAACAAUCAUAGCUGUGAGAUUUUGGUUAAGGCUUUUCUCUGAUGAAGGUUCUCUAGUUGUGCACAUGAGAGUUUCUGUGAGAAGAGGUUCUCUAGUAGUGCACAAUGAGAGUAAACACACAAAGGAGAAGCCAUAUAUCUGUGAGGUUUUUGCAAAAAAAGCUUUCUCUAUUAAAAGUUCUUUGGUGAAGCAUUUGAGGGUACAUACAAAGGAGAAACCAUACAUCUGUGACAUUUGUAAAAAGGCUUUCCCUGUUAAAUGGUUCGUGGGUUUCUCUGUUAAAACUCUCUCUUUGGUGGCAUUUGAGGGUAACAUACAAAGGAAAAACCAUAUAGCUUUGAGAUUUACAAUAGAGGCUUCACAGAUAAAUCUAGAUUAG